AUGGCGCUGCAAGUCGAGCGCCAUCGCGCGCUGCAAGAGAUCCUGUCGCACAAAGGCCUUCCUCCGGAGCUCGUGUGCUAUAUUUUAAUGCUUUCCGACGAUGCGCGUAUGCUAAGCGUGACGCGCGCAGAGGACCAGGUGUACACGAACGACGCCAACGUAUGCCACCUGCAGACGCCACCGCUGCCAUCCAAGUUGGUGCGCCACUUUUUGGCGCGCGUUGUCGUGGAUACCGAUAGUCACGAUCAGGGAUGGAGCAGUGAUCCGAUGCGCGAGUGGAUCGGGACCUACCAAGGGAGCUAUACGUGGUGGGAGCUAUCGCUGCACCGCAAAGACCCCGAGGCACCGGACGCCGAUACGCGCGAGGCCGAAGCGCCAGGGCCCGACGAUACGUCCGAGGCCGACGAGGCGAACCCAAUGCCGGGCUACACCGAGGUCCACCGGACACACCUUACGCACAAUAUCCACGGUUCGCGCGACUACCGGCGACAUACCAUCACCCUCGAGCGCGACCAUCCUAUUCUUGAGGAUGCGCGCCCAGGCGACGUGCUCUGCCUCUGGGCACGCACGCAGUUUAUGGCGUGGGCCAACUUUGUGCGGUACGCGCGCAUCAGUGUGUGGCUCGACUGGGACGCUUAG